AUGGAGCAGUUCGUGGUGAGCGCCGAGAUCCUCAACCACCCGGUCUUCGUCGGCCUCCUCAACAAGUCGGCGCAGGAGUACGGAUACGAGCAGCAAGGCGGGCUCCGGAUCCCCUGCCACGUCCUUGUCUUCGAGCGGGUCAUGGAGGCGAUUCGCCUCGGCCUCGAGUCUCACGACCUCCUCAGCUCGACAGCUCCUCCUCCACCGCCGUCUCCAUCGGCUACUUAUGAGAAUUGCCGUCUCUCCGAUUUAGGUUUUUUUUUUUAA